AUGCCGGCCGAGCGGGCGAAACGACAGAGCCGCCGUUUCCUGUUCAACCGGUACAGCAAUUUCCGGUUCUCUAACAGGCCUCCUGGCCCGGUUGGCCGGAUUGGUCGGUUGACGACCGCCUCUGUCCCUUCGGGUCGAUGUGGAGGACCGGCGAACGAUUGGACGGUCUGGAGGCAGCGCCAACUCGUGUCUCCGCGGUGCUAUUGUAGAGACGGUCGGCUGCCUCGCCGGUGGGCAAUUAAUCCGGCGAGACGAGAUGGGCAUCUGCCGGACUCUGGCGAGCCGACCGGUUGGGCGGUUGGGCGGUCGGGCGGUGCUGACUUGGCAACUUGGCCGGGCUGGUGGCAGCAAGACGAGGGUGGGAGAGUGGUUCAGUCGUCUGAGCCAAACCCACCACUCUUGUCAGCCUGUCGUCGCGACGGUCCGAGUAGUUGUCAAUUAAUUGUAAUGCGCUAA